CACACACACCGAGCAGAGCCAGUCUAAAGAGGGCUGGGCUUCUUCCUCAUGAACCCGCUCUGCUCGGAGUCGUCUCCUCAGGUCACACAGCGGCCUCGCAGGUUCCCCCCCGCCGUCCACCAUGAUGCUCUACCUGCUCCUUCCUCUUCUGAUCGCAGGUGUUAAAUCACAAACUGCCAACGUGACGGUGGAAGAGCGGAGCGGAGCCGAGAGGAAUCAAACCUUCACUGUCUCCGCCGACGAAAACGUGACGUCCAUUUUGACCCCAGAGGAGAAGAGUCUCAUCGAGGAGGAGCUGGAAAAUAAGAACCUGACGUUUAUCACAGAGGAAAACGAGAAGUUCCAGGACCAGGACACGGCGUCUGCUCACAGACACUGUGAUCACCCCCUGCUGGUUUACGCCAGUCACGCGUACUGUGGAGAACCGUUCCACAACGAGAUGUUCAGCAUCAGCUCAGAGGACUGGUGCCACCUGGAGCACGUCAGCAGGCCGUACAGCGAACUCACGCGGUGUCUGGAGAAGCUGUCCAACUUGACCGACUGCUUCUAUCCAAACCAGGACACUCAGGACUUCUUCAUCUUCAUCCACUCCCAGUACUUCCACAACUGCAGCAACGAGGAGCUGGUGUUUGAGGACGCGCCUCACUGGUUGGUGAUGGUCCUCACGCUCAUCCCAGUCAGCAUCAUCCCCGUCCUCGUCUACCUGGUGGUCUGGAAGAGCAAAGUCCAGGAGUGAGACGGGGACACGUCCACCUGACAGGGAAUCUGCUGUGAGUUUUUUAACUGAACAGAAACAAUUCAAUGAAACUUUAUUAAAUAAACAGUUAAUCUUUUAAA